AUGUUCGCCUCGGUGGGCCCUCGGGGCGGCCCGCGCCCACCCGUCGCCCCGGCCAACCCUGAGCCGGACCUGAGCCAUCUGACUGAGGAGGAGAGGAAGAUCAUCAUGGCUGUGCUGGCUCGGCAACGGGAGGAGGAGGCGAAGGAGGAGGCCAUGUUAAAAGAAGAGAAGCCUAUCCAAGCAAGAACAGUGAACCUGGUGGGGCAGAAGAAACCUCCGCAGCAAAACGACGUCCGAGGUAUCCAGCAGCAGCUGUCCAGCUACAGGGAGACGGUGAUCCGGCAGGCCACGGCGGCGGCGGGCUCGGCCGUUCACCGUGACGACGCCCCAACCUGCGGCAUCUGCCACAAGACCAAGUUUGCAGACGGAUGUGGGAACCUGUGCUCGUACUGCCAGACCAAGUUCUGCGCCCGCUGUGGUGGGCGAGUGUCUCUACGAUCCAACACGGAGGACAAAGUGGUGAUCUGGGUGUGUAAUAACUGCCGGAAGCAGCAGGAGAUCCUGACCAAGCCGGGCGACUGGUUCACCGGUCCGUCUGGUAAGCCCGCUGGACUGGGUUCAGCCGUCAGCGAGCCGUCUGUGUGCCAAACCUCCGGUGACAAGAAGCUCCGGUCCCGCUCCCAAGCUCCCCCAGGCUCCACCACUGCAACCCAAGACCCCAGCCGACCAGGGGCACCCGGGACCACACCUGGAACCGACACCCGGUCACGUAGCGAACCACCACGAGACACGAGAAAUGGAAGAGGAGGCGGAGGAGUUGGCCGGGGGGAGCGCCGGACAGGCCAGCCCAGACUUCAGACCCAGGUCUCCAUGGACCGAGACCUCAGAGGGGAGUCCAGGGAACGCAGGGAAAGCCGGCGGCUGACAAAGGGACGCUCUCUGGAGCACGAUCCGGUGGGAGAAGGUGGUGGGGUGAGACGGACAGAAGAGGGGGGCUUCCACCACAUGGACCACAGCGGUGGCCCCCCUCGGCAAGCAGGGCCGGUCCCUCCUGGAGGCCGGGGCCACCCUGUGCCGGUGCAGGGUCGUGGCAUAGGCUUGACAGGGGAGACCGGAGACGUAUUAGGCCCAGGUGUUCGGCCUGGACAGAGGACGGCGGGUGGGGUGGGCGGGUCAUAUGACCAAACCCCUGCACAGCAAGCCCCUCCCCCUGAACUCAGAGAACCUCCCAGUUCGGGCCCGGGCUCGGCCCCCAGUCAGGGACCCGUAGUGAGACGGACCAAACGGGAGAAGGCUGAGAGCAUGCUGCGCAAUGAUUCGCUAAGCUCUGACCAAUCGGAAUCUUUACGUCCACCACCGCCGAGGCCCUACAAGUCGAAGCGAGGCCUGGGGGCCGGAGGGAAGAGGCAGACCAGCGUCAGCAGUUCAGAGGAGGAGGGAGGGACCACGCCGGAGUACAGCAGCUGUGAGGAUGCUGAGAUCGAAAGUGUCAGCGAGAGAGGUGACUGGGAGUGCUACCCACAUGACCCCACUGUAUGGCAUCAUCCUGUAAGCUGGCAACCGUCUAUGGAGGGAGACCAUAUGAUUGGACGAAUCACCCUCAGCAAGAGAAGCGCCGCCAUGCCUAAAGAAGCCGGAGCCCUGCUGGGGUUAAAGGUGGUGGGAGGCCGAGUAACGGAGUCAGGGAGAUUAGGUGCCUUCAUCACUAAGGUCAAGAAGGGAAGUCUGGCUGAUGUGGUGGGGCAUCUGAGAGCCGGGGACGAGGUUCUGCAGUGGAACGGGAAGCUGCUACCGGGAGCGACCAUGAAGGAAGUUUACAACAUCAUCCUGGAGUCUCAAGCUGAGCCUCAAGUGGAGCUGGUGGUAUCCAGGCCUAUUGGGGUGUAUAGAAAAUAUCAUGAUAUCCCAAGAAUCCCCGACACGUCCCACCCUCCAUUAGAAUCUACAGGUUCCAGUUCGUUUGAGUCCCAGAAGAUGGAGAGACCAUCCUUAAAUGUCCUGUCUCCCUCCAGUCCCGGGAUGCUCCAAGACGCUCCACAGCUAAUGCCUGGACAAGUCUCAGUGAAGCUGUGGUAUGACAAAGCUGGUCACCAGCUAAUAGUCAACGUGCUUCAGGCUGUGGAGCUCCCUCUGCGGCCUGAUGGGCGACCCAGGAGCCCCUACAUCAAAAUGUACUUCCUUCCUGAUCGCAGUGACAAGAGCAAACGAAGGACAAAAGCAGUGAAGAAGACCUGCGAACCCAAGUGGAACCAGACCUUCGUCUACACUCACGUCCAUCGGAGGGACUUCCGCAAUCACAUGCUGGAGCUGACGGUGUGGGACCAGCCCAGGUCACCAGAGGAGGACAGCACUUUUAUGGGCGAGAUCCUGAUUGAGCUGGAGACGGCCUUACUAGACGACAAACCUCACUGGUACCCACUCCAAACCCAUGAUGUCUCAUCCAUACCACUGCCCCGCCCGUCACCGUACCUGCCCCGACGACACGGCCACACGGACACCCCCGGCAAGAAGCUGCAGCGUUCUCAGCGUGUUACAGAGCCUGAAUUUGAUGAGGGUACAGCAGUAAUGUCUAAAGCAGCAGAUGGGCGUGGCAGGGAGAGGCAGCGGGAGUCCACGUCUACCCUGGAGGUGCCAGAUCAGCAGAGGACCCCCACCCAUCACAUACGUUCCCGAUCGGUGUCCCCGCACCGCGAGGAGCAGGGACGCAUCCGGUCGCGGCCGCCCAACGUUCCUGCACAGAGGAGUUUGGAUGAUGAGCUUCCUCACUCUCGUCGUUCUCGUUCUCCGACCCGUUACUACGACCCUGCCAGAGGUCGCCACCAGGAGGAGGAAUACUUGGAUGACAGUGAGGUCAUCAUGCUCCACCAUUCAAUGCGAGGCAAAAGUGCUGAGUGCCUCCACACCAGGAGAUCUGCUAGGCACAAUAGCACACUCCCACCUAAGAUGCCACUUUUAUUCAACGGCAUCCACAAAGACACUCACAGUGAUCUUCAGCCUUCUCUGGACAGGGUUAGGAGCGCUAGCGCCAACUGUCUCACUCCAGACAAUCAUUCCCCCUCACCAGAGUCAGAAAGAAAAUCUUUGUCACAUUCCCUGCCCCGGAGACGUCCUGCAAGUCCCAGGAUUCUUAUCCAACAUGCUUCCCCUGAAGAUGACAGAAUAUGGAUGCUACUCCCCACUCAAGAUACCUUAAUUCACCUCACUUCAGAAAAGAGGCAUCCUCGAACUCUGGAAACACCUGAAUGUCAGACUCUUGGCAGGAAGCUCUCUGACAGCGGCAGGGGCCACCUCCAAGGUGGUGGUACUGUUUCCUCCUCAGUAACGUCGUCAGCUCGUAGAGUGAGGCAGCUCCCUCAGCUCCCCGCUAAGAGCAGCUCUGUAGAACAAGCCCUGGUAGCAGAAGAACGCGUCCGUCAGCUCCAGAUGAGGGUUCAUUCCAACCGGGUGUCAGCUGCCACCACCUCCAGCCAACAGGACCUGGACCGAGCCCUUAAGAACAAACGGGAGCUCUAUAAGGAGAGGAGGAGCAGUGAGAACGUUUCCCAUAAGUCCUCAGACAGUGAUGUCAGCGAUGUGUCAGCCAUCUCUCGAACCAGCAGUGCCUCUCGCAUCAGUAGCACCAGCUACAUGUCCAUCCAGUCAGAGAGACCCCGGGGACGCUUCAGCCGGGCCAUGCGUGCAACGGGCCGCCACAUGAUGAAGAGCACCAGCAUGAGUGGCGAGAUCUACGGCAUGGAGCACCCUGACGGCAGCCAAUCAGACACGGCCCUCGGGAGCCUGGGGAGCGGGAUCAAGAAGCGGCGCUCGAGCCUCAGCCAACGUGUCGUCGCCAUCCUGCCGUCCAGACGCAGCCGCAGUACCUCGCAACUCAGCCAGACAGAGGCGGCGGGUAAGGCGGCGGACAGACAGAAAGAAGCGUCAGCAGGUAAGAAGGUGGGUAAGGCCGGCAGCAGCAGCAUCCAGAGGAGCGUGGAGACGGGCAUGGCGGUGGAGUAUCCACGAGGAGGGUCCGGCAUGAACCGACAGGCCAGCAGAGAGUCGACCGACGGCAGCAUGAACAGCUACAGCUCUGAGGGGAACUUGAUCUUCUCAGGGAUGCGUUUGGGUGCCGACAGUCAGUUCAGUGACUUCCUGGAUGGUUUAGGUCCCGGUCAGCUGGUUGGCAGGCAAACUCUGGCAACGCCUGCUAUGGGUGAUGUCCAGAUUGGGUUGAUGGAUAAGAAAGGCCAGCUGGAGGUGGAGGUGAUCCGGGCACGAGGCCUUACCCCCAAACCAGGCUCCAAAUCCCUCCCAGCCCCCUACGUCAAAGUGUACCUGCUGGAUAAUGGAACUUGUAAAGCCAAAAAGAAAACCAAGAUUGCACGAAAGACCCUGGAGCCACUCUACCAGCAGCACCUGCUCUUUGAUGAGAGUCCCCAGGGCAAGGUGCUUCAGGUCAUAGUGUGGGGAGACUAUGGACGACUGGACCACAAAUGUUUCAUGGGUGUAGCACAGAUUCUGUUGGAGGACCUGGACCUCUCGAGCACGGUGAUUGGGUGGUACAAACUGUUUCCACCGUCCUCAUUGGUGGAUCCUACAUUAGCUCCGCUAACGCGGCUGGCGUCUCAGACGUCAUUGGACUCAGGACCGGUGCCAGGUGUUCGGUCUUAGUGACCGAAUGGCGACUGCAAGCCCCCCUUCCCGAAUAUCCCUUAAAUGACAAAAUAAUGGACCACAGCUACUGGACCACAGUUGAGCAGAGGCUGCGUCCUCGCCGAGAAGCCCUCGGUCAACUCUGAAAAGCCAGACGGAGAGACAGGGAAUGAGAGAGAGUGAAAGAGAGAGAGGGAGAGACAGAACUAGCCAAUCAAAGCUUAGCUGGAGUCUGACAAUCAUGUCUCACACCUUCCCUCUUCCUCCUUACACCGUUUUGUUUUCAGCGGUUAGCUUUCAUUGUUUUCUCCUCUAAGCUGCAGCAGUGGAGCUUUCUGUCCAAUUUCAACAUUCACUCCUCUCUGUUUCUUUUGUUGUUGUUUUUAUUCUUUGUUUCUUGCACAGCCCUUAUCAGAGAACCUGAUUGAAGGUGGAGUCCUCCACCCAGUAGCCCUCUGCCCAAUCAGAGCAGAGCUUACUGCUAGGUACGAGUGGUAUGAACACUGUCUGGAGGUCGGUUAGUAGCAAACUCAUGCAGCUGUACUGUCACGUAGAAGUUGGCUGUUGUCUCCACUGCUGUUACACAGUAACAGUGUCGUUAAAGAUGAGCAGAGGGGCAGUGGUUUGGACCCUGCACAUGUAUGUGCACAGUUUUAGCCGAGUGGGAGAUGAAAGCAAGCACAAGGAAAGCUUGACAUUUUGAGUCAGACAGAGGCAAAAAAAAGUUUUGCUUUUGUCAGAAUGAAAAGGAAAGAAACUAGAGGCCAAAUUUACUCUUUACUAUUUUUCCUCUUUAUGUUUCAUUUGCAAUCAUUUUUUCGGUCCUUGUUUUGCCUAGAACUCAGAAUGGUACCAUAAGGUGCAGACUCCCUCUGUGUAUGUGUAAGUUUGGUUUUCGAGCGAUGGUGCACCAAAGGCCGACAAUAAAAGGUCAGGUCACAUUUCGCCGGAAGCACCCUUAGCCCCACCCCCACCCUCCGUCUCUUUCCCCCCUGAUCCCUCGAAACUCCCCCCAUAGGAGGGAGCAGCAUGACUCGGGGACGCCGCGCCCCGGCCCCAAGCUGCAUGCACGUUUUUUUUUGUUUUGUUCGUUUUGUUUUGUUUUGUUCUCUACUUUUUUGUAAAUCGAAGACGAGACAAAUUAACGAACAAUUCUCAAAAAAACAAAAACUGAAAAAAAGACUAGACUAUGUGUGUUAGUUCCACAUACUUUAGGCCAGCUUGUAUGUUGCAUGUUCUUGUACAGUUUGCUCGUACUGAAUAUGAAUACAAACCGAGAAAAGCCAAGCCAUCCCCGCCCUCUAACAGGAGCGGACCAAUGGGGGGGAUCAACUCCACCCAGGCCACGCCUACCACUCUGGGUCUAAAUAUCCAUAUUAGGAAGUCUCCAGAAAAAAAGUUCUCUUCUUUUCUGUUUUUUCUUUGAACCCUUUGAACAACAGUGCUGUUCUGUAGUACUGAGCAUACUCAAGCCCCUGGUGUAACUGAGGACGUAGGUGUCUAAACUGUAGUUUAAGACAGCUGGGGCUGCAGACAGAGAUAGAGAAUGUGUGUAUAACAGCUAAAUGUAUAUGAAGUAUAAUUAUGAGUUUGACAGAAAAGAUAAAGAUAUAGAUAUAUGAAUAUAAAAAGAGUGUAUCUGACUGUACACCCAUCACACACACAUGCACACUUUGUACAUACAAAUCAGGAUGAGCGGCUUGAACUUAAAUUAUGAACAAACAAAACAUGGCUGACACACAAACAUUCCUGGUCUUGUUGAGGGGAGGUGGCGUCCUAUCGAUGUGCUCGAGCCGCUGAGCGGCGCUGAGCCUCAAGGAGGCGCUAAUAGGCCUUUAUUUUUUUCGCAGUUGCAGAAAAAAAAAAGCAGAACCAUUUGGAACAAAGUUUACUCUGUUUUACUUCAACCCCUUUCCCCCAGUUUUGACUAUUGGUUUGGACUGGACUUCUAAAGCCAAUGAGAAAUUUGGUUUUGCAGACAUAUUUUGCGGAUGUUUCUGUUGAAACCCUUGGCGGUGUGGCCGACUGCCCUUUCCUUUGUCAGUAUUACUCCAGGAAUACUGAUUGUUUACAGCCCAUGGCUCCCCACUCCCAAACCAUGAUUCUAGACGAAAGAUGAAGUAUUCACUGCAACAGUUCUUGUUUGUAUAACAGAUGUGGCUCUACUGAUGUGUAUGUUUUAUAUUCAAGAGUUCAUUUUUAUUAUUUACAAAUAAAAGACUGUGUGGAAGAAGA